UGCAUUGAGUACAUAAAUAAGGAUGUGCGUGAUGUAAUUGAAAAAUAGGGAUGCCCAUAGUGCUCGAUUCAUUCUAACAUUCGCUAAUUGAUUUAAUUUAUAUAGGAGCAUCGUAGUAGUGUAACGCCGUCGGUGAAAGUACAGAUGUCGUCGUGUUCGCAAUGCCAUCAGUGCUUUGCUUUGUUGUACGACGAGGAUAUAAUGGCAGGGUGGGCCGCUGACGAUUCAAAUCUCAAUACCCGUUGCACCGCAUGUGGACGGCAUACGGUGCCCUUGCUAUCUGUACAGAUACUUCGUCUUAAUCAAACGCAAGCGGAGAUACUGAGCGUGCCUUAUUUAAACCCUCUAGUUCUAAGGAAAGAAUUCGAAUCUAUAUUGGGCAGAGAAGGAGACGCGUGUCUGGCCGAGCCGGAGUUCGUAGAGUCGCAUCCGAUUGUUUAUUGGAAUCUCGUUUGGUUCUUGGAACGAGCCAAUAUAGAGAACCAUUUGCCGGAUCUUCUAUGCCCCGAUUUUCAAACUCGUUAUCAGAGCACAGACGCUCUGCACGAGAUUCAUAAAGUUGGUAAGCAAACAUAGCUCGUAUUCAUUAUUAUUGUUUUGAGGGUAGCUAUACUCUU